ACCACUACCGUGGUAGCAGCUGCUUAACUUUGCCCACCGGCCACCGUUCAGGGGCCAUUAAUGGCGUGCAGGGCCGCUGCUGCUGCUGCUUGCUCUUGCUCUUGCUGCUGGGUGGAGUGAGCGAGAGAUCCCAUGUGGCAUUGGAGCGCUGUCUCCUGCUGCUGCACAGUCUACUCUCACCUGCUCCGCCUCUCCCCUCGUUAAUUCUUGGCGGCUGUGUGGCGAGGAAGAAGAAGCGGUGAUGGCAUGCUGAUGGGCUGCGGGUUCUUGGAUGCAUUUGGGUGGAUAUGCGGACAUGGUGGAAGCUGUAAUUUGAGAGCGAUGGGAGCAUCUUCUUAGGGAUCCUCUUCCACUGGCUAGCCUACAGCUGUUUUUCUCCUUCAUUGGUACUCCAAUCUUGGCUGGAAUUUUGAAUCUUUUGUCCGGGAAGUGAUAAAAUUUAGAAAGACAACACAACCAUUGGCACUUCUUACAGUUGUGAGCGCUAAGCUGAGCCUCCAAUGGCGUGGCAUUUUACUGCGGCUUUCAUGAUCGCAACCUGUUUGAUGUUAUUCCCAAGAAGCGAGCAGUCCUCGCAGGGUGAGGUGCUGCAGCAGCUAAGGAAGCAGCUGGAGUACCCAAGGCAGCUGGAUGUAUGGAAUAACCCAAACAGUGACCCCUGCUACACCCAGCCUACUUCGGUGGUCACCGUGGCAUGCGAGGGGAACGCCAUUACAGAGCUUAAGAUUAUCGGUGACAGGAUCACCAAGCCACCAAAGUUCAGUGGCUAUCCUGUCUCCAAUAUCACCCUCUCUGAAGCCUUUGUUCUCGAUUCGUUUGUUACUACAUUGGCAAGGUUACCUGCCUUGCACGUUGUUAUCCUAGUAUCCUUGGGGCUAUGGGGUCCUCUUCCUGACAAGAUUCACCGGCUGUCAUCUCUUCAAGUGCUUGAUUUGAGCUCCAAUUUCCUUUAUGGAUCGAUUCCUCCGAAGCUGUCAGCCAUGCCAAAGUUGCACACCUUGACAUUGGAUGGGAACUUCUUCAAUGGUACCAUGCCGGACUGGUUCAACUUGUACUCGAACCUCACGGUUCUUCGCUUGCAGCGUAACCGGUUGAAGGGGCCCAUACCAGCAUCAAUUGGUAAAGCUACCAUGCUUAGUGAGCUUGCUCUUGCUGGCAACAGCAUCGCUGGCGAGGUUCCACAAUUAGGCAGCUUGAAUAAGCUUGAGAUGCUGGACUUGAGGGACAAUGAGUUGGAUGGGGAGCUCCCAGAGCUGCCUACAGCAUUGGUAACAAUCCUACUCAGCAAAAACUCACUCAAGGGCGAAAUCCCUGAGCAGUUUGGUCAGUUGAACCGACUUCAGCACCUCGAUCUCUCAUUCAACUUUCUCGUGGGGAAGCCUCCUGAAAAGCUCUUCGCUCUUCCAAGCAUCAGCUAUCUCAACCUAGCUGCGAAUAUGCUCAGUGGAUCAUUUUCUACUAGUUUAACAUGCAGCAGUACCCUUGGCUUUGUGGAUUUGUCUACAAACCAACUCACAGGUGACCUGCCUGUCUGUCUUAAUGUUAAUGUCAAUAACAGGGUAGUUAAGUUUGAUGGUAAUUGCUUCAGUGACGACCCUGAACACCAGCAUGAAACUAAGUAUUGUCAACAACCUCACAAGGGGAGAGGAUCAAACAAGGAUGUUGGACUUGUGGUCACUGUUGUUGGGGUGGUGUUUAUUGUGCUUGUGCUUUCUCUUAUAUUAAUGGCUUCAAACAGAAGAAGCUGUCAGAGAGUUUUAGCAGAACAACAGUUACUUCAAAAGCAAAUGCAAGAUAAUUCGACAUCAGGAAUGUCAACUGAACUGCUAGUAAAUGCAAGGUACAUAUCUCAAGCUGUAAAAUUAGGGACACAAAUAAUGCCCAUGUAUCGAGCAUUUUCUUUGGAAGAGCUCAAGGAAGCAACAAAAAGCUUUGAGAGGUCGGCAUUUUUAGGCGAGGGGUCAAUUGGAAAGCUGUACAAGGGAAAACUAGAGAAUGGAACCCUGAUUGCCAUAAGAUGUUUGGCAUUGCACCAACGAUACUCAAUAAGGAAUCUAAAACUUCGAUUAGAUCUACUGGCGAAGCUUCGUCACCCAAAUUUGGUUUGCCUCUUGGGGCACUGUAUUGAUGGCGAAGUUGAUGAAUCAAGUGUGAAAAGGGUUUUCCUUGUCUAUGAAUAUGUACCUAGUGGAACGUUUCCUUCAUAUCUUUCUGGCUCUAGUCCAGAGAAGACUCUGAACUGGUGUGAGAGGCUCCAAGUGCUGAUGAACAUUGCUAAGGCUGUGCAUUUCUUACAUACUGGAAUAAUUCCUGGUUCCUUAUAUAACCGGUUAAAGCCUUCUAGUAUUUUACUUGAUGAACACCUUGUGGCAAAACUGAGUGACUAUGGGCUAUCCAUAAUUACGGAGGAGAUAUACAAACAUGAGGCAGCAGGAGAAGGGCAGAGAUGUGUAGAAGACAAUGGUGGAGAAUUGGAAAAUUUGGAGGAUGAUGUGCUUUCUUUUGGAGGUAUUUUACUUGAAGUACUUAUGGGGCCAAAACGUCAUAGGAAAGAUCUCUCUGUGCUAAGUGAGCUGGUUCUGUCAAUAUCAAAACAGGAAGAGCGCGAGCAAGUUCUUGAUCCGGUUGUGCUGAGCACCUCUUCGCAAGAUUCUUUGUCGAUGGUGAUUUCCAUUACUGUCAAAUGUUUAUCAGUUGAAUCUUCAGCCAGGCCUUCGAUCGAAGAGGUUCUCUGGAAUCUGCAGUACGCUGCACAAGUCCAGGCAAUAUCUGAUGGGGACCAGAGAUCAGAAGUUUCCUCGCAGACCUGUUAGGCUAACUGAACAUAAAACACCUUGGAGGUUAUUGUCCAUAUCUGGGAAAAGACGGCGCCGCACGUGCAAGCUAAUUUGAUCUUGGUGUGCAGAAGAGAAUGACCAAACUGACUGAUCUCUUCCUGGGAGUAAUCCUGCAUUUGCUGCUACUUCAACAGCAUUUCUGACACAUCAACAAGUUAAUUAACAUGUCAAAUGCUGUAUGCUAAACACAGAUAUGGUCACGUUACGUCCUGUAAAGAGUUUUUUUUUUCUCGAUUCUAGCUUCCCAUUGCUGUGAAAGCAUCCCUAUGAGCAGUUCUUGAUUUCCAAACUUCCAAUCGUUGUAUUAGGGCAUUCUCAUAUAAUUAAGUAGUAGGACGAGUGAUGUGAUAGCAAAAUUGAUGAGUUGAUAGAGAAGGGUAUCCCAUGUUAGUGUAGUAAUGAGAAGAUGUAAUUCAUUUGCCACAUGACUCGUGCUAGUGCAGACCAAA